AUGGAGGGAGAGAUGCAGCCCGCCGAUGAAGGGCCCUGCGCCCCGAAGAUGUGCCGACAGCAGCGGGGUCCUUACAGCACCCUGAAAACCUUCCAGAGCAAGCGCUCGGCCGGCAAGUCGCGCUUUGACAGGUCCGCUGCGGUCGAGGUGCCUCUGUUUGGCGACGGACCUCACUUCACUUUUCACCCCGAGCAGCCCCAUCCUUUCCAGCCGCACCAACAACACCAACACCACCACCACCACCACCACCACCAGCAGCAGCAGCAGCGUCUGCAGCCGCUCCACCAAGCCAGCGUCGCUAUCAGCAGCAGCCAGCAGCAUCCCCCGAUGCCUCAGCAGCAGCAGCAGCAGCAGCAGCAGCAGCAGCAGCAUCGUUUCCCAUGUGAGAGCAGGCCCAGCAGCAGGGUCCCGACAUCCACCUCAGCGGCCGCGGGCAGCGUGGCGGCGGCCGCAUCUCUCGGUACCCAGCAGCGGCGCGCCAGCAGCGGCGGAGCGGAGCCCAGAUUAUCUCCAGACUGCACCUACAGUAUCAGCUCAGAAAACCGUCUCAUCUUGGAUGCCUUUGCCCAGCAGUGCAGCCGAGUCCUCAGCCUCCUCAACAACAAACGGCUCCCCCUGGAAUCCUCCUCCUCCUUCACCUCUAACAUCAAGCUGGAAGACACUCAGGGCUUUCUCACUGCUCAAGUGGGGAAGAGAAGAAAAAGAAACCUCUUCUACCACAGAGGAGAGGAGGAGACAACAAAACAACCCCAAAAACAACAACAGACCUCUCCCGUCUUCUCCAUCUCACGGGACUCCCACAAGAACUCUCUCUCUCAGGGCAGCCAGCACCAGCAGCAGCAGCAGCAGCAGCAGCAGCAACAUCUGGCAGCAGGUCUGGAGGAGGAGCAGUGUCCGUCGGCGGAGCCCGGCUCAGGGGUGUCGCCUCCGAGACACAACCUGGGAGGCUGGGGCUCGCCGACUCCGUCCGAGUCGUACGGCCACCCGUCGUCCACGCUGCCUGAGGAGGAAGAGGAGGAGGAGAGCUGCUGUCCACGCUGCCUGGAGCUGGAGCAGGAGGUUUUGUCUCUGCAGCAGGAGAACGAGGAGCUCCGCAACAAGCUGGAGAACAUCCCAGUUCCCUGUCAAAAUGUUCUUGACUACUUCAAGACCGUGCUCGAGUUUCACAACCAGCUGGUCCAGCCGCUGCCAGAGGAGCAGCUCACAGAGGUGAGGAUACGGGCUCUUUGACAUCAUUCACAGCUCUUUGAAGCAUGUGUCCUCAUUUGCAUAGAAGAAGAACGGCAAACAGUCUUUGAGGGCAGUAAACAGCUCCUGGAGAACUAUCCUCUUUUCAUCACUAAUAAGCAGUGGGACGAGGCCGUCAACUCCUCCAAGAAAGACGGCAGACGGCUGCUGCGCUACCUAAUACGCUACGUCUUCACCACAGACGAGCUGAAGUUCUCCUGUGGUUUGGGCAAGAGGAAGCGCUCGGUCCACUCAGGGGAGCCGGGCCUGGAGAGACGGCCGCUCAACCCCGUCAAAGUCAGCUGCCUGAGAGAGUUCAUCCGGAUGCACUGUGCCUCGAACCCAGACUGGUGGAUGCCCUCAGAGGAGCAGAUCAACAAAGUGUUCAGCGAUGCCGUGGGUCACGCCCGUCAGGGCCGGGCGGUCGGCACGUUCCUCGGCAGCAGCGGCAGCGGCAGCAGCACCAGCAGCCUCUACAUGGACAGCUUCGACGGACAUCUGUCACAGGACGAACUGUAUUUGAAAGGCUGCCAGAACGGCCAGUCAGACUGA